UGGGGCAAUGAGGCGAUUCAGGCCAUCGGUCCUUCUGGCAACUGUGAGAAAGAUAUCGGUUGUGGUAGAGAUGAAAAAAGCUCAACAAGUCCCACGGAGGGUUUUUGGCCACCGAAGGUGAGGCCGGUAUUACAGACUCUUGAUAAUUGGGUCUUCAAUGACGCCAAUGCUGCUGUGGCCAAGGGAGGGUUCUACUGCCAUGCUACAGUUUAUGCCCAUGUGCUUUGA